UUAAACGCCAUCUGAAUGAAUGGAAUACAAUUAAGUCUGUCAGUUGUUGGCCAGUCAAUUGACUUGUUUUGGUUAUUAUCAUUUGUAAACUGAGUUUAUAAAUUACAUGUUGUCAUCUUUGCUGGUAUAAUGAUAAAUUGGCAACCUAGGCAAGUAACAACUGAUGGAUAUCGGAAAAAAAAUUUACUCCCACAUGAAGUGACGGAUCACCCUUUAAAGCCAUUAACUGUUACUGUUAAACAUCGAUCAGGAUCCAAAUCAAGUGCCAAUGGAUCAACUGAAAACUCCAAAAAAGAAGCUAAAAAAGUUAAAGCCAGUACAUCUUGGGGUGGUGUUGAUCCACUAUCAGCUGCUCUGCAAGAUAUUGACGGAUCAAAACAUGACUCUGUUCCAGUAUUAAAUCCACUAGCCACUGAUGGGGCAGUUAAAAGAAGUGAUGUAUCGUCUGAUGAUGAUUUUGUUGAUGACAGCUUCGAAAACUGGUCUACUUUCAAAGGAGCUAUACUAAAGGAGUAUACUACCUCUGAAAAAUUGUCAAUCAAAACAUCCUUUCUGAGUGGAGGUGAUGCUUCAGGAGUUGUUGUUGCCAGUUUGAGGAAUCUUCAAAGUACUUCUCUUGCCGAAAAAGUUAAACAUCGGUUACAGCAAUUAGAUGAUUUUGAAGAUGGCUCUGUCAAAGAAAUGUUUAAUCUAAGUCAAGCUGAUUAUGUCCAUAGGAUUGAAGAUUUAAGUGUUGCAUUGCAAUCUUCUUGGGAAACUGAUCAAAGAGUCAAAGCUUUAAAAAUUGCCAUUCAAUGUGCAAAACUUUUAGUUGAUGUAAGUGUCUUACCAUUUUAUCCAAGUAAAUUCGUGCUCAUAACCGAUAUGUUGGAUAGUUUUGGAAAUCUUGUUUACAAAAGAAUUCAUUGUAAAGCUGAAACACCGUUAGCUCUGGAAUCUGCAAUAGAAACUUGCCGUAAUUGGUUCUACAAAAUUGCUUCAAUUCGAGAAUUGGUGCCUAGGUUUUAUGUGGAAACUGCUAUUUUAAAAACUCUCAGUUUUAUCGUCGAUCCCAAACUUGUCUACUCUGAGAAUUGUAAAGCUCUGUUCCGGCUAACUGCCAUGGCUCGAGGAAUCGGAGAUCCCCUAGUUUCACUUUAUUCAAGAGCUUACCUUUGCCGUAUUAUUAUGAGAAUUGCACCAAUGGAAAAGACAGUUUUCCGUCAAAAUUUAACCGAGUUCCUGAUGAUUUCCAAUCAACUAACCUCCGAAUUUGUCAUAGUCACUCUAAAAGCUCAAAAAAUAAAUUUUGCAACUUAUUUAACUCUUUUCACACCUGCCUUGAAUUGGAUUCUUCAAUGUAUCGCGUUCAAAGCCUCAGAUAGUCUACUGGAAGAGAUUUUAGACGAAUUUCAGGAAAAUUUGCAAAGCAAAGGUAAUCUACCGAUAAAUGCGCUAUUAUUGAACUCAAUGAUUACUACAUUCCAGCCUCGUUUUAUUAUCGAACGAGCUAAGAGAUUUGUUGACCUGAUCAAAGAAUGUCUGACUACCAAUGAAGAUAAAGGAUUUCCUGGAUAUUUAUUACUUAAAAAUCUUGGCUCUUCAUUUGUCGAAGGAAGAACGGCCUGGAUUAACAUAGAGAAAGCACAUAAGCUGUUACUUAUGAAUGAAAUAUGGAAGAAAGUAUCCAAAUUAAAAGCAUCUCAACACAUAAUUUGUGCCGACAUUUGGAUGGACUUUGUGGUUCAAUAUCUUGGUGUUUUUGAAGUGAAUGUUUUGCUCAAAGAUAUUGUCAAACAUAUGCAACCUGAUCGAGCUUAUGAAGAUCAUUACGAUAAACUAAUUUCAAUAGUGAAAAAAGUCACCCAAUUUUCAUCUUUGGAGGAUUAUACCUCGUUUUUUGCUAUGGAUAGUUUUAUACCAUUUUUGGAUAUGUUGCAAAAAGAAUCUGUCAAAGUACAAGCUUGCCAAUUAAUUACAAGUUGUUACAUUGAAAAAAUUAAAAGUGCAAAUUCAACAAUCUUGAAUUCUGCAUCUGAUGAUGAAGAAGAACUAUUUAAAAUUUCUGACCCAGUUAUUCUCAACUCGUUAACCUAUCUCUGUAAAACCAUGCAUGAUUCAGUGAACGCAUUAACCCUGGAAGAUGAUCGAAGAGACAUUUCAAAUUUAAUCAUCGAUUUUCUCAGUUUGGUUUCUUUUCAUAGAGAUUUCCAAGGCUACCUUAGUUUUAUGGUUGAAGCUCGAUCCAACUAUUCGCAUCUAGAAUCUGUGGUAGCUUUCCUUGUUACCUGUGUUAAUCGUAUCAUUAUGGAAACCAGGAAUAUCGUGAAAGGCCAACAUACAAAAAAGACAACGGCUUUUGUCAGAGCAUGUUUAGCAUAUUCAUUUAUAACAAUACCAUCUCUCGAAGAUCCUAUCAUCCGUCUACAGCUUUAUCUAAAUAGUGCUCAAAUUGGUUUAGUCAACGGUUGUUUGCCGCAAACUGACGCAUUCCUUGAAGCUGCUAUCGAUCUUAUUCCUUCUGCCAAUGUGAAAAUUGAAUUAUCUGAUGGUCAAGUACGUUUGAUGGAACCGUUUAUUGUAUCUUAUGUUGCAAAUUUACUUUCUUUUCUGGUUAUAGUGCCGGAUCACCCAGAAAAGGACCCUUUGUUUUUAUUUUGUAAAUUAUUUGAAGUCAUCAAGAGUAUGGAAUUCAAUCAAAGUUUUGAUUCAAAACCAGCAAUUUAUCUAAACAUGUUAGAUUACUUAUUCUCGGUGGCCCAAGAAAAUUAUCUUUACCAUGUUGACAAAAUUGAUUCUAAUGAUGCUCUCUAUGGCCAUCAUUCAUCCUUCCUGAAUCAUAUAAGCAAAUUGGGUGAUCAAGUAAUUGAAGAGAUUUUUGCUUAUGUCAAAGAUCUUGGUAAGAGACAAUUGUACAAACGACAAUCUAACAUUUCAUUUGAUUGUUUCUAUCGUCUGAUAAUGAAUGGGGACACUAAAAAGGUUGGAAAAUUGGCUUUCAACUUUUGGCAAUUGGGAUUGAAAGAAAACUUCUUGGAUAAUAAAUCUCUCACUAAAGGAAUCAACUUCGUCAACAAAAUGUCAAAAUGUUACAAUGAUCCUGAUCUUUUAAUCUUAUCUCAAAAAAUGGCUUCCCUUGCAAAAUAAAUGUGCAAAUUAAAAUAGUUUACAACCAAGAUUGGAAAUUUUCAUUUACAUUCGCCUCCUAGAAAAAUUGAACAGAGAUCUCAAUAACAAUCAUUUCAACAAUAAAACAGUAAUCAUGAGUCGACCUAGCUCUGAUAAUCUGAUGUAAAUCUAA